AAGAAAAUUCCGCGAUCGUGAUUGACUAUGCCACAAGCGGGCCCCACUCCACUAACAAACGGACGCCAAACGCCCAUUAAAAUCCAGUUAAUUCCGGACUUCGAGAACGAAAAAAACUUAAAAAAGUUAGCACCAAGAAUACGAGACAGCGGAUGAGAAGACACGUCAAAGGAAAGCCAACAUACAAUUGCCGAGAUGUCCGUGAUUUGGCCCCAUGUUCUCACACGUCACCAUCACUGCCCCUUUUUUUCUCUCUCCUCUCUCUUUCUCUCUCCUCUCUCUCAUUUUUUUUUUUAAAUUUCCAUCCUACUAUAAAUUCCCAAUUCCCGCAGAAAUAAACCCAUCAUCGCACAAUUCGCUUUUUUCUUCUCUCUAAAACUAUUUUGAUUCACUGUAACGGCACACUUUUUUUGGUGGGAACAAUUGUAUUGUUUUUUAAUUCUAUAAUAAUAAUGGAAGAUUUGAAGGUUACGAAGAGGGGGCGAGGUGACUCGGACGAGUCCGAGUUGGAUAUUGACUCGCCGGCGGUGAAGAGGCUCAGGGAGAAUCUUCUCGACGGUUUCGACGAGGAUGCCGAGUUUUGCACCGAGACUCAGGAUCUCGACUCGUUCAUGAAGAGCUUUGAGGAGGAGAUCACAGCUUCUCCUUCCGCCGCCGCCGCCAGAGAUGCGGCGGAGGUGGUGGAUCUCACGUCGGAUUCCGGCGAGUCACUGCCUGAUUUUGGUUACUUGCUGGAGGCUUCCGAUGACGAGCUUGGGAUACCCCCAACGGCGUCGUCUCCGGGUGAAUUGGAAAGUGGUCUCCGGGCUGAGUCCGACUCGUCGGGACUCGGAUCCGAGUUUUGGGAGAUCCCUAAUUAUGACCCCUUCGGAUUGGAAUUCGGAGAGUCGGUUACCGGCUAUACCGGUGAAUACGUGGCGUUGGAUGGGUUGUUUGAUUACUCCGAUCUGUGCUUGGGGCCCGGUGAUUUUGCAUGGAGGCCCGAAACAUUACCCGCCCAAUAGGAUUAUAGGAUAGACGUUUUUCUUUUUUCUUUUUUUUUUAAUUUUAUUAAUUAUUAGGCUGAAUUACUGUCAAUAUUUUUUAAUUUUUUUUUUGUUUCUGAAAAAUCUUUUAGUAAUACUGAUAUUCAAAAUAGGUGUAUGUGCACAGAUGUAACCCUUUUAGUUUUACACGGAUUAAGGUUAUGUUUUGUUGAGUUCACAAGUUGUUUUUCGGAAUUAAUGAAAUAAAAUAAAUACUUUGUAUUUAUAUUCUAGGA